CCAAACACAAGAAGAAGAAGGAAAAGUUAGCUAGCUGUGUAACCAAUUUGUGAAACAAGAAUCGCCAAAUCAACAAUGUCGAAGCGCGUCCUUGUUGGAGUUAAACGUGUGAUUGACUAUGCUGUCAAGAUCCGUGUGAAGCCGGACCACAGCGGUGUGGUAACUGAUGGUGUGAAACACUCCAUGAACCCCUUCUGUGAGAUUGCUGUGGAGGAGGCUGUCAAGCUGAAGGAGAAGAAGCUUAUUAAGGAAGUGGUAGCUGUCAGCUGUGGCCCUCAGCAAGUUCAAGAAACUAUCCGUACUGCCCUGGCCAUGGGGGCGGACCGGGGGAUACAUGUUGAAGUUACUGGGAAUGACUACGAGACACUGGGCCCCCUACAGGUGUCUAAGAUCUUUGCUGCCCUGGCUAAGAAAGAAAACGCUCAACUUGUCAUCCUAGGAAAACAGGCAAUUGAUGAUGACUGUAACCAGACAGGUCAGAUGACUGCUGCCUUACUGGACUGGCCUCAGGGCACUUUUGCGUCUGAGGUGGCACUGGAUGGAGACAAGGUCAAGGUGGUGAGGGAGAUUGAUGGUGGACUGGAGACCAUCAAAAUCAAUAUGCCAGCAGUAGUGACCGCAGACCUUCGACUCAACACCCCCAGAUAUGCCACCCUUCCCAACAUCAUGAAAGCAAAAAAGAAGAAGAUUGCCAAUGUGAAACCAUCAGACCUGGGCGUGGACCUGACUUCACGGGUGGAGGUGGUGAGGGUGGAUGAGCCACCACAGAGACAGGCGGGGGUUAAGGUGGACACGGUUGAUGACCUAGUGGGCAAACUGAAAGAAUCGGGGAGGAUAUAAACAGCAUAGGCACACAUUGAGGAGUGAGUGUCUAGCCUGUCCACAUGGAGAUACAGUUAAGUCCAUAAAUAUUUGGACAGUGACACACUUUUCAUAAUUUUGGCUCUGUACGCCACCACAAUGGAUUUACAAUUAAAGAACCAAGAUGCAAUUAAA